ACAGUAGGCCAGUGCGCGGACGAUACUACCCUCCAACUGGGUCUGUUUUACGGUUCUGCCAUCUAACAUCACAGGACCGGAUCCAUGGCCUCCACUCCCAAUGUCUAAGCUCCAUCUUUCACCUUUCUUUUUUCAGAAUUAAAGCAGGUUGAAGGUGAAGAUCUUGGCCCUCGAUUGGAUAUGGUGGUUCACGCGUGUCUGCGGGUACAGUUGAAGUUACGGCGCGGGUUGAUGCAAGGGAAAAUGAUGAUGGUCGAAUAUAAUCUGUAUAAUAUGCAGGUGAAGAAGGCAGAGAAUUAAUUCUCCAUUAGCUUGAAACUCUCUUUCCUCCAUUAUAUUGAAGCAGCUUAUGCUGAUACUUUUUUCAAAACCAUCGAAUAUCAAUUUCUCUUUUGGGUUUAUCGUUAAGUUAAUUGUGAGGUGGGACUGCAUCAAUUUGAGGUGAGUAAUGGGGAUUACAUCUAUGUGGAGAAGCUCAAGUACUGUGACUGUCUGGGUAAUGACAAGGUGUUGCACAACAUUACGUGGUUUUGGUGGACACAAAGUGCUUGUGCGCAGUGAUAAGGAAUUGAUAAAAUGGAUCUUCAAGGACACCCACCCCGUUGUAAAACGCGUAUCAGUAAACGACAAAGAUCUAUUCGGGGAAGCAGCACAGUUGACAAGAAUGUUUGUUAUGCAUGUUCAGGUUGCAACUCGGUUUUUAUUUGCUAGCCCAACCUCUCUACUGGUUUGCCUCUUACUUGAUGUCUUCUUCUGAAGAGUCGGUGAUGGACACAAUUGAUAUGGACUUAUGCUGACUUGUACAUACUCCUUGGUAGUCUGCUAUUUUUCAAACUUAUACUACCUCCGUUACAUAUUAGUUGUAACUUUGGGGUAUUAUUUGAGAGACAUAAAAUAUUCCAAA